AUGGUGGAUUUCGAGAGAUAUCAGCAAGCUCUUAUUAUUGUGAAUCAAUUACUCGUUAAGGAACUAAAAGCGUGCAAUAAAAUUUUGAAUUCAUGCCAAGGAGCUAAAUUGGAAAGUAACUUGAAAAAACCCGAACUUUGUAGAAAUUUAACUGAAUACAUGAAAAGGAUAAGGGAGACUAAUAUACCACAUACUAUAAAUGAAAUGUCCGAAAUUAUAUUGCGGAAAGGUGUACAACCGUCAAGGCCUCCCCUGAAGCCUUCAAACAUUACUCAUUCUCGCGUGCAACCUAAUCUUAAACAUAGGCUAGUUAUUAAUCCUCCUAUCCAACUCUAUGGUUCAAAUCAUAAUAUUCAAUUCAGGUCAUCCCCAUUUUACGAUAUUAUAGAAUCAAUUACGGAUUUCAGAAUAUUGGACGGGUCAAAUGACAAUACGCGAAAUUCAGUUACUAUUGACUUCUAUCUAACACUAGACCAAGUUCGACAUCUUCAGACGGCAAGGCAUGUAGCAUACUACCAAAUACGUUUAUUCUGUUGUGCUGAGCCUUUCGACAAUGGAUCCUCUAGUACUAAUGCGGUAGUCGAAUUUCCACUAAUGUGUGAGAUUCAAGUUAAUGAUGACACAUUGCCAGCUAAUACUAGAGGAAUUAAAAAGAUGGUUGGCUCAGUACAUCCCAUAGAUAUAACUCCGCUUUGCAAGAUAAAUACUACAUAUCAAAAUAAGCUUAAAUUUGUGUAUGCGAAUAUUACCAAGAGAUAUUUAAUUAAUCUUCAGUUGAUUAAGAAGAAGUCAGUUGAUCACAUCGUAGAUCAAAUAAAAAAUGGAAGAAUAAUCACAAAAGAAGAAACAUUAAAGAAGUGGAAAAAUGCUUCUGAGGAUGAUAUAGUGCUUGGAUCAAGCCAAAUCUCGCUGAAAGAUCCGGGUAUACGAGAAUCCAAGUCCCGUGUAAAUUUUCUCGUUGUAGACACGUACAGUGCUUCGAUGC